AUGACACGCCUACCCGAUUAUGUUAGCUUGCCGGUAGAGGCCCAAGAAGAUGGCACCGGCGAGACCAUCGAGGAGCGAUGCUUCUCGGCCGCUCUCAUCUGCCUCGAGGGCCACUACACUCAGUCACCCCCCAUGGGACCUCAAACAUCAGCAAAAGUGAGCUCGAUGAUCUCAAAGACGCUGGAAAAGACACAUACGCUCCGCAAGGCUCGUGAGGCAAUCUCGAGGAAUGUGGCGAUCUGGAUCUGGCUCACGAGAAUUUUCGCCGCUGCCAUCCCAAGCCUCACGACUCGAUCCGUGGGACCUCUGUCGAGCCUCAACGACCCAGAAAAGGGCGUCACGCCGCAGGAGAGUACGGCCUGCAUCAUCAACCACCAUGCGUCCAUCAAGGAGGACCUCGGGAUCCUCAUCAAGCUCAUGCACAUUGCCCGCAACCUCCUCGUCAAUGCCGAGCCCGAGGUGCCCCAAGAUAUCUGCGCGGCGGUGCAUUUCGACCAAAUGGUUUACCAGACAAUCAUCCUCUGCGUCAACGUUACCAGCAAGGGAUACGACGGCGAGAUUAUCGACGAGAACCAGAGGCUCAAGUUGACUGAUGUCACAGAGCUUUACAAGAAGCUGCUUGUAACCUCACUACAACAGGCGCAUAACUGGACAGCCAAGCAUGACAGAAACAAGAUGUCUUUCUGGUUCGACGUCCUCUUUGACGACGACGGUGCGCUCUCUGGCCCCGAGGAAGCCCUAGGUGAUGGCUCAGGGUUUCGCCCAGAUGUUGCAAAGCGUCAGGUUCAGCAUUGGCUCGAUCGUAACUCCAAGAUGUGCGACACUGCGAGGAAGCUUCUGAAGGAUUACGCCGAGAAUCACGCGGACAAGCCUCCUGGGAACCUCGCUCCUAUCCGACCCUUGGCUUGGAACUGGCUUCCUGAUGGUUCUGUGGAUGUUCCGGCUGAUAUGACCAACCCCGAGGAGAAGAUCAACCCGAUUUGGAAGCCAGAUGAGUCGGACAAGUUCGAGCAAGACCGCGCGUAUGGCCGCGUCUCUCGAGAGAUCGACACAUGGUGGCUUAAUGCUCGGGACCCUAACUACGAGGACUGGGUGGCUGGAAUGCCCUCUGUGGAGCUUGCCCAGACACGUACGGAGCACUGCCGCAACAACCUGGUUCACCGAUAUGCUCACUCUUGCGGAACAGACCAUUCUCCACCGCCUGGAGUUGUGGAGGAGGAAGAAGAGCUUUCUGAUCAUGAGCAUUGCCAUCACUGCGAGCACGAGCAUGAUCAUGACCACGACCACGACCAUGACCACGACCACGACCACGACCAUGAUCACGACCACGAACACGAUCAUGACCACGAUGACCACGAGUGCGAGUGCGAAUGCGACCAUGGGCAUCACCAUCAUCACCACCACCAUGAUCAUGAGUAUGCUCAUGACUAUGUUGAAGACAUGAUGGACGAUGAAGAUGCCGACGACGACGAAUCUUAUGGAGAGGGGCCGCUGACGGGCUUGUUGACCGAAGUACCAAAUAUCCUGGAUCCAAAGCAAAUCGAGGCUUUGCACAUGAUUGUCAAGUCUUGUAUUCUGGACAAUGCUGGCUCAGGACUUACCAGGGCGGGCGAAAACUUGCAAAAGACUCGAUGCCGCAUGUUCCUGGCGCUCGACUGCGGCAAGAGUCUUCUACGGGAGAUGCUAGUCUUUAUUGCCGUCUGGGAGAAGGAUGAGCAGUCACUUAUUUUCCAGGUGACGACCCAGAUCGUGGAAGCACUCCAUCACAGCGCCUUGAUCCCCUAUGCGUGGAACUCUCUGCGCAUCUCGAAGGAUAUCAUCUCGCCUGCGCAGACUGUCUUGUUGCGACUUGUCAACCACAUGUUCAGAGCCCGAGUCAACAAUCCUUCUUCUCAGGAGUCAAAGGACAAUGCUCGCGAUAUCAAGCUGGUGCAUUUCUUCUUUAGCUUUUUCCGGAGCCGUAUUGUCCCUGAGUGCGCAGCGCUUAUGCAUCUUCAAGCUCAGAUUCGGGAAGAGAACUGUGACCCGUCCGACUUCCCCGUGGACAGCUGGGAUAUGGAGCGCGCCAAAGACGGUCUCGCUCAGUAUCUCGAUUUCCUCACCACAGUUGCCGAGAUGAUGGACACGCGGGCGAAGCUGAUCGAGUGGGAGGCUGUUUACGAUCUCAUCACCAUUUUGAGCGGACUCGAGGCUGGAGUACCCAAGAAGCCUCUCAUCGAACUUCCAAAGCGAUCACCCCGGAACGAGUCUGGUAGCAACCCCAUGGUUGAACGUCCAUACUCUACCGGAGAUGAUGGACUUCCCCCGUCGCCACCACCGCCACCCUUGCAAGAACCAGCCCACAAGUUUCCCUGGUCUGGAAUCAAGGGUCAGAUCUUCACCAUCAUCGCCACACUUCUGCAGCCGCCUCCUGGACAGAGCAGCCCCGGAAACCCUGACGUGCAGAUGCAGAUGGUCAAGUACAACGGAAUAGUGCCGUUGCUGAACUGCUGCGCCUACGACGACCACAACCCCUUCGCUAAGGAGCGAGUGACCAUAUGCCUGAAGUGGCUGUUGGAUGGGUGUGAGGCCGCAAACAACUUUUUCCGCGAGCUUGUCAAUCUUUCACCACCACCCAAUCUGAGACCUCCGCCUGGAGGUACUACGGUGUCAACAAUAAGGGUCGAUGGUAUUCAAGGAGAGGUCAAGGUCCAGGUUCGUUCGGGCACAUCUGCACCGGGAGCACAGGACACUGCAGAUAUUGUGGAUGGGGCCGCAAGGCUGAACCUCAACCAGCCCAGUGGGCGAGGUAGCAUCGAGGACGACUUUAUGGCCUAA